UCUAUUGCUCUCCAUGCUUGGCGGAUUGGAUGUAUACCCACGGCGUACCCUGGUAGCUAACAAAGAGCUUAGGAUUCAUUCCGAGACGCAAAUGAAGAUUUGGAUGCCAUGUCGCCAGCAUCUAGCCAUACGGUGACAAACGAUAUACGCACAAAACCGCUACCAUCAAUACCGUCCUCACCUCCACCCCCAAUCGAUGCCCCAUACCGCGAUGACCCUGCGCCAGAGGCAGCUCACUCGCAGGCAGCUCUACCGCAUAUGUAUCAACAGUAUCCGCCGCCAUUAUCGCCUAGCGGAAGUGUCGUCUACUUCGAGCCAUACUCAGACGACCCAAAUCGCUCUCGGAAUGACGAGGACGUCCCGCUUGCACACUUAUACCCAUAUCCCACAGAGGCACCGCCCGCGUACCACAUCAUCGUCCCACAAGCCUACCGCAACACAUUAAUAGCGAACAUCCCGAGCUUUCGUGGGGAUUCAUUAGACGUGGAAGAGGAAGCAGGCAUCGACCCUGAAGAAUUCGACGACGUGCGACUGACUGUAGAAGCCAUCGUAGCUGCAGCAACGGUCGUCAUUGUACUAUUCCUAGUCUCAGGCAUAAUGAUCUGGUGGAUCUUUAGUUUCGGGCUCUAAGCGCGAAUAGGCGGACCCUGCGUGUUACCAUGGAGGUAAAGAAUCGCAAGCUAGCCCCGCGAAUGGCAUUGUGAAGAUGGAUUUUAGCGUACUA